AUGAUAUUAGAUCUACAAUUCGUAUAGAAGUUUCAUUGAGAAAUUUAAUUUUUAAUGAACUUUUUCGCGUCGUCGUGGGACUAAUCAACCUCCAACUGAUAAUUUUUCACUUUAGAUGGAUGUUUUUGUGGUGAAUCUCAAGAAUGGAUGCAUCUCCAGACGAGGAACACUUCCAGGGGCGGCUGUUACACCAGGCAGCAUUAUGGGACAACCUGGAGUUACUGCAAGAGCUGUUGGCGGGAGGGGCGGAGGUGAACGCGAAGGACGAACACAUGCGCAGCGCCUUGCACGCCGCGGCGCUCGCCGAGCGGAGCCACUGUCUGCGGGCGCUGUGCGUCGCCGGUGCUGAUGUGGACGCUUGCUCCGACCAUGAGACUGGUGGCAAGACAGCGCUUCACAUCGCUGCCGAGCGUGGUCACGUAGAGAACAUCAAAGCGCUGCUCAGCGCUGCAGCGGAUCUGACAGCGCUGACCGGCAGCGGCGACUCGGCGCUGGCGCUCGCCGAGCGGGGCCGGCAUCGCCACGCGGCGUUAGCUCUCAGGGAAGCUAGGGAUGCCUUGGAGCGGGAGCGUAUAUCCCAGCACGCGCAGCUGAGGGAGCUGGUGGUGAGAGGGGACGCGAGUGGGCUCACCGCGCGCCUGCAGAGCCUGGGCGCGGCCGCCGGCAUCGCGGCCAACCUCACUCCGGGCGGCGCCAACACGCUGCUCUAUGUCGCGUCAGAGUUGGGCGCGAAGGCGGCGGCCGCAGCACUGGUGGCGGCGGGCGCGGACGGACGAGCGCACCCCGUCACCCGCUACGGCCCGCUGUACAUCGCCUGCUACCACGGCCAUGCGGACAUCGCACAGCUGCUAUUGACGCACUUCCCUGAAGCUGUGCAGCAAGAGACGGUGGAGAAAUGGCUGCCACUGCACGCGGCGUGUAUCGGCGGCCACCCGGCGUUGGUUACCCUGCUCUUAGACUACCCAUACCCUGAGCAUUUGCUCAGUGUCUACACAGACGCGUCCGGCAAAUGGCAAUACCGUUUCGCGUUCGACGUGAACGCGCGCGACGCCAGCGGUCAGACCGCCCUGUACGUGGCGUGCACGCUCGGGAACGUCGCGGUCGUGGACGCGCUGCUGUCACACACUGUGCCGGUGUAUCAGCCGGAAGGGGACGAGCAGCCCGCCGCGCCGCAAGCCGUCAGUCCACAGAGGGCUGGCAUAUCCCUCGGCAUCCACGCCAUAGUUAGCAAGCUGACUGGGGCCAAACCUAGCGUACCAGAGCCAACCAUACAGAGGGUACGCGCAGUACGCGUGGAGGCGGCGCGCGGCGCCGACAGCUGCGUGGCGUGCGCCGCGCGCCUCAACCACGUGCGCGUGCUCAAGCGCCUACUGGAUGCGGGCGCGCGCGCCGACGCCUCCGCCGCGCCGCCACAGGAGGCGGCUGGGUCAGAGAGCAGCCGCGAGGUGCGGCGUCGCUCGCGCAGCGCAUCUGUGUCGCGCAGUCGCGCGUCCGCGUCGCCGUCUCCAGCUCGUGCCGGCUAUAGUGACGACCGUGAAGGCCCAUGGACGGCCCUCGCGAUCGCAGCUCGCGCCAAAAACGUUCAAGUCGUAGAGAUGUUGCUAGCGGCCGGCGCGAGUGACCCUGGCGGCCGCGCGCUGCGGGAGUGCGCCAAACAUGGCCUAGCAGACCUCGUUGCUGCCCUACUAGCCACUAAGGCAUACCCCGAUCCGGACUACAAGAUCAAUAAGUCCGUGGUGUCAGCGGCUGUGCUGAGCGCGCGGGACGCUGACCCAGCGCUGACGUACAGCGCGCGCUGUCCGUCCACUGCCGUCAUGGUGAACUGGCGCGAGCUGCGCUGUCAACUUACUCAGAUAAAAGUGAGUUGGCUGCGAGGCGCGGCGCUGCGCGUCAACCCGCGGGUGAGCGCGGCGUCCAGCGUGCUGCUGGCGCUGACGCGGCUCGAGCUUGCCAACAACGAGCUGCGGGUCUUGCCGAGGGAGCUGUUCUCUUUGCUGAGUUUGAGAUAUCUGAACGCAGCUCAAAACAAGCUAGAACGUCUACCGACAGCGGAUGACCCUUUCGAAGAAGAAGCAGAGAACAGAAGGAGCAAGAACAAGAAACACGUUAAGAGGAAUACUGAGGUCUACACUGCGCCCGUCCUACAGGAACUUUACCUACAGGAUAAUCGUCUGGAAGAACUGCCUCCAGAACUGUUCUCCCUGCCCACGCUAACCAGUCUAGACGUAUCCAACAAUAAGCUACGAGCACUGCCGCCUCAGAUGUGGCAAGCGCCCGCUCUGAGGGACCUCAACGCCGCGCUGAAUCAUUUGAGGGACUUGCCCACUGGGGACGAGGGUAUAUCGGAGAGUCAGCUGGCGUCGUCACCCUCGGAGUCGUCGCCGCACGGCUCUCCCUCCAUCUCUUCACCCCCGUUCACGUUCGACCAAUCCAAAUCAUCGUCUCGCAGUCCGUCAAUCGAAGUGAGCGAGUCAUCACCGGAUGAUGGUGAUGAUGUCCCCACCCUUGGCAACCGAGCCGGCAACGCUGUUUGGUCGGAAGCGCGUCGCGCGCACGCUUGGCGCGGCGCCCGCGCACCCUCGCCAGUGGGCGCGGCGGGCAACCCAUCCAGCGGCGGCAGCUGCCUGGCGUCGCUUAACCUGGCACACAACCAGUUCUCGUGCGUGCCCGCGCCGCUCGCCUGCCGCGCGCCCGCACUCACCCGGCUCAACAUGGCGUAUAACAACCUGAGGUCGAUGUCGUUCGUGACGUCAUACCCCACCAGUCUCCGGCAGCUGGAUCUGAGUCACAACGAGAUCACCUGCUGGCCCAGCUUGCCGCAGGUAGAAAACUUCGGAUCGUCGGAAGGGGAUCCCCUAGCCUGUUAUUGUCCGAGCAAAUGCUCGCGGUCUCGGCCGCGAUCCACGGGUUCCGUACGUUCUCAGUUGUUGAGCGCGGCCUGUCCUGCUAGGCGACAUUUGCGAUUGGAAGGACUACGCACUUUGAUUCUAGCCAACAACAUGCUGACGCGAAUACAACUCACUACGGACGACGAUGGUCUCGUACCAGCUAGCGAGAUUCCUGCUGAUGACAAUGAUGAUGAGUGGAGCAGCCGAGGGUCGCUGAAAGCGCGUCUGCUGUUCCCUUUGCUAUCCAUGUUGGACGUGUCCAGCAACCUGCUGAAGGCAGUUCCCCCGGCGCUGCAUCUGCUGGCCAACUUAUCCGUGCUCAACCUCAGCGGUAACAAGGACAUAACAGACCUCCCUCCUCAAAUGGGCCUCCUCACACGCCUCUGGAACCUCAACACAGUGGGGUGUUCCCUCCAAGAGCCCCUACGUUCGGUAGUGCGUGGUGGGCGCUGCCGCAGCGUCGACGUGGUUGGCUACCUUCGUUCCGUCCUUCAGGAGGCGAAACCGUAUACUAGGAUGAAGCUUAUGGUGGUUGGCGUGCAGGGCAUCGGCAAAACUAGUCUAUUGGAGUGUUUAAGACAAGAAUCCGCCAUACAACAUCGAAGAAAGCCGACUGAGCACUGGGCAAAACGCAUGGGCAACAAGUCCUCGCGCCGCGGAGUUUCAACAGUGGGCGUGGACAUCGGCGCGUGGGUCUACGAGCCGCAACGCUCCGCUCGCGGCCCGGUCACCUUCCGGACAUGGGACUUCGGCGGACAACAGGAGUACUAUUCAACCCACCAGUACUUCCUCUCCAAGCGAUCUUUGUAUCUAGUUGUAUGGAAGGUCUCAGAUGGCAGGAAGGGCCUCGCGGCGGCUUUGCAAUGGUUGAGGUCGAUACAAGCGCGCGCCCCGGGCUCGCCCGUCAUCAUGGUGGCCACACACUACGAUCAGGUUGCUCAUAGUACAGUGUGCUCUAGUGAGAGCCCGGUGGCGUUGCAGCGGUUGAUACGAGGCGCUGUAAUGGCGGCUCCAGACGCGGACAAGCUAGGCUUGCCUCGUGUGUUGGACUCCAUCGAGGUAUCGUGCAGUACUCGGCACAACAUCAAACUUCUGGCUGACAUCAUUUACUCAGUUGCCUUCAGUGUCAAACCACCUGGCAGCAAGGAGCCAUUGCUAGAGCAGCGCGUGCCGGCGACAUAUCUGGCGCUGGAGGAAUGCGUGCACAGCCUGGCGGCAGAGCUAAAGGAGCCCGUGUUGAGGCACGACCAAUAUAGACGCUUGGUGACACAAUACAUGCAACAGAGGAAUCUUCGUAUGUUUCGAGACGCGGCCGAGCUGCACCAGGCGACCAUGUUUUUACACGAAAAUGGAGUGCUCCUCCAUUAUGAUGACGCGACGCUCAAAGAGUUAUACUUCCUUCGACCGCAGUGGCUGUGUGACGUGCUGGCUCACGUCGUCACUGUUAGGGAGAUUAACCCCUUCGCCAACAACGGUAUAAUGAAGGUGGAUGACUUGGCGCACGUGUUCAAGGCGUCCCCCGUGCUGGGGGGUGGAGAAGAGGCGAGGUCUCUGGGCGUGUCCUUGCUCAACAAGUUCGAGCUUGCUCUGUGCUGGGACGCCAGGUCGCUGCUCGUGCCGCCAUUGUUGCCGGAUAUGGAGCCUAAACAACCGCAGUUGGCGCUGAAGUCCCGUGCGUGGCCGGGGACUCCCCGCAGAAGCGCCCCGGGCACUUUGUCCAUGGUACCCGAUUCCAUCCGGGGAACCGACUCUCCUUUAUUAAUACAAGAAUCUUCAGGCGGUAUAGCAGUUUCAUCUCGCGCUAGCGGGCGCAGCAUCCGACGUCUCUUGCUGCUGUCUUACGUGCCCCGCGGCUUCUGGGCGCGGCUCUGCGCGAGGGUACUGGCCGACCCCGCGUUGGCUCUGCACUGCCCCAGCCUAUAUACUGCGCCCAGAGAGAUGGAAAUAGACGACAAUGUCAUCAAAGCUCUCGACUUGAACUGGUGCUGGAAACUCUGGAAGACCGGUCUGAAGCUAGUGUGCGGCUCCCUGACUCUGCUCGCGUUGCGGGAGCUACCCCCACGGUAUGACCCAUUGCUGGGCGCUGUGGGCGAUGAGGACGAGCCAGAUGAGCUAUACCACUCUAUACGGUUUCGCGUCCGGCAGGAAGGGGUGUGGAGUGAGCUGGACGUGCAGUGCUCGGCGUGCGUGGAGAUCGUGCUGCCAGCCGAGGUGUGCAUCGUGAGGCGAGAGGACGGGCUGCCCAUCGCCGGCUGUCAGAGCAUCAGUUUGGAGCCGAACCCGGAAGUGCUGACGAAGGUUCUGGCACUGGUUUCCGACCACGUGGACUUACUGCUCGAGGAUUGGUACCCAUCGCUUGGUACACGAUUCGUCCACACUUCAGAAGGGAGAUGUCUCAUAACCAGAGUGGCGCCUUGCCCCGCGUGUCUAAGAGACUUCCAGUCCAACGCUGAUCAUCAGCACAAUGAUCACGGCGAUCACAAUCACCAUCAAAACGAUCACGACAAACAUCUUGCGCAGGUGUUCAGGCGUUUAGAACUGGGAAACGCAGAGCCGAGGCGUUUGCGACUUUCGGAAGAAUCACGAGCUUCAGAUGGCGAUAGCGGCGUUGGUGCUGAAUCAAACACGUCGUCACGUAUGGGUUCGACGGAGGGGGUCUGCAACGGCAACUGCUUCGUGGCCACGUGCUGGACGCUGGAGGAGUGCGUGCUGGCCGCGUGCACCAGCGCGCCGCUGCGCUGUCCGCACCACGCGGACGUGCAGCUGGCCGACGUCGCGCCGGACACGUUACUCCUGGACGUGGAGGAGAAGGCGCGCGCGCGCUGGGAGCACGUGUCGUGCGGCGCGGUGGCAGGGCGCGGCGCGUUCGGCACGGUGCUGACGGGCACGUGGCGGCGCCCCGGGGCGAAGCCCUGCGCCGUGGCCGUCAAGGCGCUGCAGCCCGUCGCGCCGCCCGAGGCCAGAGACCUGACCGCGAUGCAGGCGUACAAGGCAGCCGUGUCGCGCUGGGAGCGGGACUCGUGGGGCGCGGCGUGUCGAGCGUACUGCGGGCUGCGGCAGGAGCUGGGCAUCCUGUCUCGUCUGCGGCACCCGCACGUGCUGCCAUUGGUCGCCGUCUGCGCCGCCCCGCUGGCGCUGCUACUAGCCGUCGCUCCGCAGGGUUCGUUGGAGAGUGGUCUUCGCCGCUACAGGGGCUGUGGCGCUCGCGUUGGUCCGAGGACUGCUCGCGCGUUGGCUCUCCAAGUGGCCAGAGCAUUGGAGUAUCUACACGCGCACCGCGUGCUGUACAGAGAUUUGAAGUCGGAAAACGUGCUGGUGUGGUCGCUGCCGGCGCCGCAGGACGCAGAGACGGUGGAGUUCAGUACGGAACCAAUCGACGUGCACGUCAAACUAGGCGACUAUGGAAUAUCUCGCCUGGCUCCCCCCUCUGGUACAAAAGGAUUUGGAGGCACGGAAGGUUUCAUGGCGCCGGAAAUCAUGCGUUACAACGGCGAGGAAGAAUAUACGGAGAAGGUCGAUUGUUUCUCGUACGGAAUGCUUCUGUACGAGAUCUUCACUCUGCGACAGCCCUUUGAGGGCCACGAGGCUGUUAAGGAGGCCGUUUUGGAGGGAGCAAGGCCUCCUUUGUCGCCUAGGGACCUACAAUACCCAUGCAGUAUGUUGGAGAGCAUGCGGCGGUGUUGGAGCGGCGCCCCCGAGUUGAGGCCCUCGGCCGCCGCGCUGGUGGCCGUGUGCGCAGCGCCCGAGUACCUCGCGCUGCGCGACGCGGCCGCCGCCAGGCCCGCGCAGGCCGCCGCCGGAGCACCCUUGAGACGACUCGCAGAUGAUGGUGCGGACGGGUGGGAGAUAUGGUACGGGGGCGCAGAGCCGGAGCGUGCGCAUACGCUCAUAACUACCCCCACCACCUUCACACACCACCACACAGUCCGGGUGCCGCCAGAUAACUCGGAGCCAGUGGUGGUGACAGCGAUGUGCAGAGUCGGCACCAGUAUGUGGCUCGCUGAUUCCGUCGGUCGGCUCUUUGUUUACGCGAUAUCAACGUGCACGCUGUCGUGGAGCGUGCGGCUGCACGAGGCGGUGGGCGGCGCGCCCAGUGCGGUCGCGGCCUUGCACCACCUCGCGCCUCUGCCCCGCCUGGCUAUAGCCUUGGCUUGCGGAAGGUUGUUCAUAGUGACGUCGGAGCGGCCGGAAGCGGAAGGCAGUUUCGUGCUGACUGAGCUCGGCACCGCCACCGAACUAUGCUGCCUUGCCUCCGUCCACACCAAUAACGGUACCGAGGUGUGGGCGGGUGGAGACAGACUCUACACUUACACAGUGACAGAGGAAGGUGUGAGUGCGGCAGAGUCCUUGCCUGCACCCGCGCCGGGGAAGCUGGCUCUUCUCGCGGCCGCUAGGAACGUGCCCGUCGUGCUGGGGAGCUGCUCACCCGGAGUGUUCGUGUACGCGUGGUGCGCGCAAACUCGUCGAGCAAGCGCGAGGCUCGACUGCAGCAAGCUCGCGCCGUGCUCGGAGAGCCUGCAGUCCAUCGCGUUGGACGAGCGACUCAACGAGGAGCGGUGUCGGGUGACGGCGCUGUGCGUGCUGGGCGAGGAGGUGUACGUGGGCACCGCGUGGGGCUGCAUCGUGGUCGCGCACGCCGCCUCCUUGCGACCACUCACCGUCUUCCGACCCUAUGAGGAGGAGGUGCGCGCGAUAGUGCCGCUACUACCCCACGGCAGCACCCGCGGCGCGCUGCUCGCCACGUUCGGCGCGGGGUACCGCCCGCUCGUGCAGCGGUAUGCGCCCGCUCAGUCAAACAACACAACAACACACACCGGGUUCUACUGCCUGUUGUGGCGAGCACAACACUGGCUACCGGACUAAUGACAUCAUUUCCACGGACGGAGCGAUAUGGAGCGAUUUUGAACUUUGGCGGUUUAGCGCCAAGGAACGCCAAAUGUAGGCAGCUGUAUGAAAGUCACAUAGAAAUCAUCGGAAUAGUUUUAAUGGUUCAAAAUAGCGAUUUUGAGCAAUUUUGAACUUUGGCGGUUUAGCGCCAAGGAACGCCAAAUAUAAGCACCU